UUGAAUUUUUUUUAUCAUAAGUGGGAGCAAUACGCUUCUGUACUCUGUAACAGCCCUUUUUGAACAAUAUCAUCACAUUUUUUGUCAUAUUCCUCUAUAAUUUACAUAUAUUUGACGCACUGGACCAAAAAAAGGCAACGUCAUGUCAACCACCCAUGUACAAUGUUUAGUAUAAGUUCAUGCUUUUUAUACUAACAAUUGUACUACUUUCCUCAACACAGUAUAACAUCAACUGUUUCAGAACAGUAUAGAUAAUUAUUAAAUUAUCAAUUAGCAGUUUCAGUUCUUUAAAAACGAGCUCUGUGUGUUAACUCCAUCAGUAGUAGUAAUGCUAGUGAAUCUACUGACUUAAAACAUUUGUUGUAGAAAAUUAAAAUAUCGGGGUCGUUUUCUUUUCGUAUUUUAGUGAAAUACUUUGUUCUACUUUAUAAAAAUUAAAGAAAACCCCUGAUAAGUUUUUUUCUACAGUGUUUUAAAUGAGAGUUUUAGCUGUUUAGCUCCAUGCACUGAGGACUCCCUCGCGGGCUCCCUCUAGCGGUGAUGGGGUAUAAUGUGAUAUAUCGUAGGAGGGGGCGGGGCUCUCUAUAACCCGGAUGAGGAUGAUCUUUGGGAGUCUGCAGCUUUGUUGUCCUGCAGCGUCGGAGGAAGAGCAGGAUCAGCUGAACUACAGACGAAAUGAAAUGAUUCCAGGGUUUCUUCUGAAAUUCACCAACAACCAGGAUAUUUAACUGAGAGCAAUGUUAAGCUGCUGGAUGAAAGAAGAAAACUCUUCAGUACAUGCAAAUAUUGUUUUCUACAUUUAACAGACAAAUGAAGGCAAGUCCCGUCAUGGAGAAACAUCACAACUCUGUCAAGAGUUUUACUGCACAGAGUGAUCUCAAUAUAGACCAGCGCAUUCACACUGGCGAGAAACCGUUUAACUGCUCAGACUGUGGGAAGAGUUUUACUCGACAGGGUUAUCUCAAAAGACACCAGCGCAUUCACACUGGAGAGAAACCGCAUAACUGCUCAGACUGUGGGAAUAGUUUUACUGCACAGAGUGAUCUCAAAAGACACCAGCGCAUUCACACUGGAUUAAAACCGCAUCACUGCUCAGACUGUGGAAAGAGUUUUACUCAAAAAUGUACUCUCCAACAACACCAGCGCAUUCACACAGGAGAGAAACCGUAUUACUGCUCAGACUGUGGAAAGAGUUUUACUCAAAAGGGUAAUCUCCAACAACACCAGCGCAUUCACACAGGAGAAAAACCAUAUUAUUGCUCAACGUGUAAGAAGAGUUUUAUUACACAUGAUAAUCUCAAAAUACACCAGCGCAUUCACACAGGAGAGAAACCAAAUUAUUGCUCAAUGUGUAAGAAGAGUUUUAUUACACAGAGUGAUCUCAAAAUACACCAGCGCAUUCACACAGGAGAAAAACCGUAUCACUGCUCAGACUGUGAGAAGAGUUUUACUCAACUGGGUAGUCUCCAACGACACCAGCGCAUUCACACAGGAGAGAAACCGUAUUACUGCUCAGACUGUGAGAAGUGUUUUACUACACAGAGUUGUCUCAAAAGACACCAGCGCAUUCACACAGACGUGAAACCGCAUCACUGCUCAGAUAAUAAGAACUUAAUCACUGGAGUAGGUACCGGGGGGGAUGGAUCAGAAACAGGUGGAUUCAUUGCCUCCCAAAAUGAUAUUGUUCCUGCUCAGCUCAGCUGUACUAUUAAAGAGGAGACGGGUCACUGACUGCUGUGUGAAUGAGAAAUCUUUUAACGCCAAUCAUGGAGCUGUUCAGGGAGAAAGUUCCACCUUUCAGGAGAAACAGCCAAUCAGCUUGCUGGUUUUGCAGAGCGUGGAGGAGAGUGGUAUUUUUUUCUUUUCUUUUUUUUUUUUUUUGGCAGCGAGCUGACGUUAAAAUAAAUCUGGAUAUAUACUGUGAUUUUUGGGAAAGAAAUGUAACUGAGCUAACGUAAACUGUGAUGACAUUGUGUCUGAAAGCUGGUUAAAAAGACUUAAUAAAAUGCAGCUUGUGACCAGUCAGUUAGCUAGCUAGACAAGGUUUUAGAAAGAAAAAAAAUAUAUAUACAAUAUUUAACCUGCCCUGAUGUACCAGAUAAGCUAAUAACGGUUUCAUUAUUGUGUUUAAUCAUUUAGAAUCGCAAGACUUACUGUAAGCUAUAAUGAACGAAAAUAAAUUUAGCUCAAUAGUUAGCUAGAAACUGGAUGUAGUGGAUAGCCAGAAUUCAGUACAAUACUUUAUGUUGGUAGUUUAAAGCAGUUUCUUAACCCUGGUCUCUGCAGUAAAAUUGUUUCCAACUGAUCAGCUAAUAAACAAUCCUGUACUGAAUUUAUCUAUUAAAAUCCAUUAGCCCCCUAUGGACCAUAAAUCAAUCAGUAUGUAUAUCAACAGUGUAUUAGACAUUUUAAAGCAGAGAGCGCUCUAAAAUAUGCAGAACAGUGGGAAUAUGCAGAAUAAUAGGGUUAAGAAACAUUAAUCUAACCACUUCUGUUCAUUUGUAGAUCACAGUAAGACCACACCUCCUGAGUUAAUAGUGGGAUUUCUGGCAAAUCUAAGUGUUUUUUCUGGAUUUGUUUUACUGUAAUUGUAUAUGUUUUGAGCAACUAUACAGCUUACAGUAAAAUUUUCUCUAGAAAAAUUCACUGAAUUAGAGGUUAAUUGCAGUAGCCUUUAGAACUGAUAUUGAAGAUUUAAAGAGUGUGGAUUUUAUUAUUCAUUUGGUUCAUUUAUAUAUCAUUUACAGCCGUCACAGAUUCUCAUUUGUUUAAAUAAAAACAUUUUCUUUAUUUUCUCAAAUUGUAUUCAGUUAUUUAACAUGCAAAAAGUUGUACAGUGUAACCCUGUUUAAUGCUGUUCAAACAAAGGGAUUCAUUUACGUUUUAUUUUUAAUAAUUUUGAACGUAUUGUUUGACCAUGCUGAGAUUAUAUGGUUUUGUUUUAAAUAAUCAAAGUUAAUUAUUAAAUUUUUCUUUAGAACAUAUUGUAGAUUUCUACAAGUGAACAUCCCAAAAAACAGUAAUUUUGUCUUUUUAAGGCAGACAGAGCUCAGUUUUAUGGUAGUUGCAGUAAGAGCUCAGUUCUGAAGAGGGGGAGUUUGUUGGAGUUAGGUUAACAUAACUUAUUCUUUAAAAUUUAUAUGUUAUAGUUAUUAGGAGUAGAGUACGAUUCUUAGUCUGCAACUACAAGUUUAUGACAAGUCUUCUGGCUUGUGCUUAAAGUUUUGAAAGCAUUUAAUCAAUUAAAUCUCUUUUCUAGUA